GCCUGUCUGUCUGUCUCUCUUUAUAUCGGUCCCUCUUUUAUUCCUGCCAAAUCAAACACACCUGAUAUUCUUUGACUUUUAAACCCUCGUCUUUCCUCUCGGCUCAUUUCUACUCAUGUAGCUGGAAGAACGAUGGUCAGAUUACAGCUAAUACUGAGUCUGUUGUGUGUGUGUGUGAGUGUGUGUGUGUGUGGCAUGGAGAGGUUCGGUCAGGUUAAGUCUCCUCUGUAUCCAAAGCCCUACCCCUCUAACGUCCAUCAGCAGUGGAAUCUGGAAGUUCCUCCAGGUUACCAACUUCAGAUCACCUUCAAUUACCUGGACAUAGAACCAUCAUUUAACUGCUACUACGACUCUCUGACGGUUCUUCAUGGUAAGAAGAUUUUGGGAAAGUUCUGUGGCCAGAAUUCCACAGAUCCCCAUCACCCUGGCAACAAGCCCAUUUUGUCUCCUAGCAACAGUCUCAAACUGGUGUUUUUGACGGAUGAAUCAAAUACAGAAACACAUCAGCAUCUCGGGUUCUCCGCCUUUUACCAGGCUGUUGACAUAGAUGAAUGCGCGUCUCCUGAUUCAGAUGAUUCAGAACCACAUUGUGCUCAGAUCUGCCUCAACACUCUGGGCUCAUACCUGUGUGCCUGUUACCAUGGCUACAAGCUGCGGGCAGAUCAGCAUUCCUGUGUGUUGGACUGCGGUGGAGGUGCUUUCACAGAACCUGAGGGAGUUCUGUUGAGUCCUGGAUACCCGAAUGCAGCUCCUCUUAGAGUGACCUGCUUGUACAGUAUCUCUGUUCAGCCUGGGUUCCAGAUAACUCUCAACUUCAGCGACAACUUUCAGAUUGAGCAGAUUGAUGCACAGGGACAGUCCUGCUUGUUCCACUGGCUCCAGCUGUCUGUCCCCGGUGAAGCUCCAAAGAAGCUUUGUGGAGAUCAGAGUCCUGGGAUCAUACACACUGGCUCACACACUGUAGAUCUGGAGUUUCACACUGAUGGACAUGGACAAAGUGGAGGAUUUAGCCUUCGCUACACAACCCAGAGAGUGGAGUGUAAAAUUGAUGGAACAAUCCCAAAUGGCAGAAUCACUCCCGAUUUCCCGAAAUAUUUCUACAGAGAUUACAUUCAAGUGCGCUGUGACACGGGAUACAAGAUCAUGAUGGGAGAAAAGGAAAUAAAAAGUUACAAAUCCAUGUGUCAGGAGAACGGGAGGUGGCAUUUACCCUUACCUGAGUGCAGGAUUAUUGAUUGUGGAGAACCGGAGAAUUUACUGAAUGGUGAAUUUAAUUUUCUGUCUGGUUCCAACAACCAGUACAUGUCUGUGGUCCAGUAUAAAUGUCACCAACCCUUUUACUCUUUCACCGAAAAGAACGAAGUGAAUUUCACCUGUGGAGCUGAUCGCAAAUGGAGAGGAGAAGAAAACGCCAUAGUACCUCCUUGUUUCCCAGUGUGUGGGCGUCCUGUUGUGGAUAUCGAAGGUUUCGGGCGGGUUUUAGGAGGUACCAAAGCGACAAACAACUCGUUUCCCUGGCAGGUUUUUCUUCUCACUGGAGGAAGAGGAGGAGCAAUUGUGAUUGGAGAAAAAUGGCUCCUCACCGCGGCUCACAACCUGGAGAAAAUAAAAGAGCCGACAGUUGAAGUGAAGGUGUAUGUUGGAAGCAACAAAGUAAGCAGCUAUCUUUCUCCAGAUGGUACGCAUGUGGUAAUUCACCCACUUCCUGUCAAGUCUCUACACAUUCACCCGGGAUAUAAAAGCCCAAAUUAUAACAACGAUAUAGCUUUAAUCAAGCUGGCUUCACCCAUCACCUUUAAUGCCCAUGUAAUGCCGGUGUGUAUUCCUGCACAGGACACCAACCUGGAGAGUUUUGGGUGGGUUUCCGGAUUUGGAGUGACAGAGACGUUUGACACUUCCAAUUAUCUCAGGUACAUCCGUCUUCCCAUCGUGGAUCAUAAGACAUGUCACUCGUCCAUCGAGGCGCUGAGAAAGAACAACAGAGACUUGUCUACUCUGACGGAGAACAUGUUCUGUGCUGGACUUCCUGAAGGAGGGAAGGACACGUGUCAAGGAGACAGUGGCUCUGGUUUUGUCAUGAAAAACAAGGAUGCGUUUUACGCAGCUGGGAUCGUUAGCUGGGGAGUCGACUGUGGAAAACCGGGAAGGUACGGCGUGUACACUCGCAUAGCUCGAUACUCCAACUGGAUCAAGAAAAUAAUGGAGGAAAACUAGCUGCUGAGGAGAAGAUGGAAUAGAAACGAGAUGAGAUGCUCAAGUGACGGCUUCAAAAGCUUCCAUUUAUAAUCUGUGGUAGUUUUGUGUGAUCGAUUCAUGGAAAAAUAAAGAUGAAUAUUUUACCACCAGAA